AUGGAAGAAGCGGCAGGCCGCGAGCGCCCGCCGUGGCGCUGCACGGUGGCCGUGCAGGCCGCGCGCUGCCUCGUGCUCUACGCGGCCUUCAGCCUCGGCGAGCCGCAGCUCAUCCAGUGGGGCGGUGGCGCAGGUGGGGUGGACGCACUCGGGCGGGGCUCGCGCGGCGGCGCCUUCCUCAGCGUCUCUGGCGGCGCGCAGGGACCCAUCAAGCAGGCGAGGCUACUGAGGCAGAUGGAGACCAUAGCAAAGGCUUAUGAAGUCAAGUUGGUGCUGGAUGUUGCUCAACUGGGAGAGGAUGAUCCACUCUGGCAAAAUGAACCUCUACAUGAUGGCAAGAUAAGCACUUCUUACAGGGGACAAACUAAAUGGUUGGAUCAAUCACUAGCGCUCACUGACAGCAGUUGGUAA